UUUUGUCAUCAAAUCAAAGGUGCUUUGAUUGCAACAGGCACGUUGUACUUUAUAACACUCGGCUGAUCUGGGAUUAUUACCAUGUUUCGUCAUUUCUGAGUCGAUUCCAUGGGAUAUUUGGUAUGUAACGACGCAUGACUAUCUACUUAGAAAAGCUAACUCAAUUCCGGUGUGUGCGAAAAAGCAAUUCAACAUGAAUCAAACAACCGAAAACGCGCCUCCAAAAAGUGCCAAACAGUUGGAGAAAGAAGCCAAGAAACUCGCCAAACUCGAGAAAUUCAAGCAGAAACAAGAACAGAAAUCAGCGAAAGUCAGCACCGAUUCAAAUGAAAAAAAAGAUAAGAAGAAGCCUCAGAAGAAGGAAAAUGUGGAAUACAAGGAUGAAACUGUACCUGGAAUGAAGAAGGAUUUGUCUCAGGCUAUGCCGGAUACUUACAAUCCUGCUUAUGUGGAGUCUGCCUGGUACGCUUGGUGGGAGAAAGAGGGAUUCUUCAAACCCGAAUAUGGCAGAAAGUCGUUGCGGAACUGCAGCAAUGGAAGAUUCGUAAUGGUGAUUCCUCCUCCUAACGUAACUGGAACGUUACAUGUAGGACAUGCUCUAACUAACGCUAUAGAAGAUGCUUUAACAAGAUGGAAUCGAAUGAAAGGUCGAUUAACUCUGUGGACUCCUGGAUGCGAUCAUGCUGGAAUCGCCACCCAAGUAGUAGUUGAAAAGAAAUUAUGGCGAGAAUGUAAAAAAACUCGUCACGAUAUCGGUAGAGAAGAAUUCAUCAAGAAAAUAUGGGAAUGGAGAAACGAGAAAGGAGACAGGAUUUAUCUGCAACUGCGCAGAUUGGGAUCUUCUUUAGAUUGGGAGCGAGCCAGUUUCACUAUGGAUCCUAAUCUUUCCAGAGCUGUUACCGAAGCAUUCGUUCGGCUUUACGAAGAAGGUGACAUAUAUCGCAGUAAUAGACUGGUGAAUUGGUCUUGUACGUUGAAAUCUGCCAUUUCUGAUAUCGAGGUAGAUAAAGUAGAAUUACCAGGCCGAACAUUCCUUUCAAUUCCCGGUUACAACGAUAAAAUUGAAUUCGGUGUUUUGAUAUACUUCGCCUACGAAGUAGCUCGUGACUCGGAAAAGGAUGAAAAAGAGUACGUCACUGUGGCCACUACUCGUAUCGAAACGAUGCUCGGAGACGUAGCUAUCGCAGUUCAUCCUCAAGAUGACAGAUACAAGCAUUUGCAUGGUAAAUUCGUCGUGCAUCCAUUUUGCGAUCGAAGAAUUCCCAUAAUAUGCGACGAUUUCGUGGAAAAAGAUUUCGGAACUGGCGUUGUUAAAAUCACUCCAGCUCACGAUCCCAAUGAUUACGAAGUAGGAAAACGACAUAACUUACCAUUCCUUACGAUACUCAGUGACGAAGGAUUGAUCGUCGGAGAUUGUGCCCAGUUCAACGGAAUGAAACGAUUCGAUGCUAGAAAAACAGUUUUGGAAGCACUGAAACAGAAAGGAUUGUAUCGUGAAACGAAAGACAAUCCUAUGGUGGUACCGGUGUGUAAUCGAUCGAAAGAUAUUAUCGAACCUUUAAUCAAACCUCAAUGGUACGUAAAAUGCGAUAAAAUGGCCGAACUAGCGUUGAAAGCUGUUCAAGACGGAGAGCUAAAAAUAACACCGAGUAAUCAUAUCAAAAUAUGGAACCAUUGGAUGGAAAAUAUUAGAGACUGGUGUGUUUCGCGGCAGCUGUGGUGGGGACAUCGUAUACCAGCUUAUCGUAUCAUUAUCGAUUCCAGUGAAAAUUGCUCUGUCAAUGAAGACGAGCAGUGGAUUUGUGGUCGAAAUGAGCAAGAGGCUAAAGAAAAAGCAGCCAAGAAAUUUGGAAUACGCGUUGAUAAAAUAACUUUGGAGCAGGAUAGCGAUGUUUUGGAUACUUGGUUUUCUUCGGCUUUGUUUCCGUUUUCUGUGUUUGGCUGGCCUGAUGAAACCGAAGAUUUGAAAAUAUUCUACCCGAACACGUUGCUGGAAACAGGACACGAUAUUCUAUUCUUUUGGGUAGCCAAAAUGGUAUUCUUAGGUCAACGAUUGUUGAAUAAAUUACCUUUCAAAGAAGUAUUCUUACAUCCAAUGGUAAGAGAUGCUCACGGAAGGAAAAUGAGUAAAUCGUUGGGCAACGUGAUCGAUCCCAUGGACGUGAUUCAAGGUAUAACUUUGGAGAAACUUCACGAACAAUUAUACACCAGUAAUUUAGACCCGAAAGAAAUUGAAAAAGCCAAGCAGGGUCAGAAACAAGAUUACCCAAACGGUAUUCCCGAAUGUGGUACGGAUGCUUUGAGGUUUGCAUUAUGCGCCUACAUGUCGCAAGCUCGAGAUAUCAACUUGGAUAUAUUACGCGUUCAAGGAUACAGAUUCUUCUGUAAUAAAAUCUGGAACGCGGUGAAAUUCGCAUUGAUGUAUUUACCUUCGUCUACGAACAGUGCGAAUUUGACAUCGACGUUGAGCUCGAAUUGCGAUUGGUUCAAGAACUCGCACGCAACUCGAAGCGAACUAGAAGCGUUAUCAGUAUUAAAUACGCGUUUAGCUAAUUAUAGUUACGUGAACGGAUAUCAGUUGACGGAUGUCGACUUAAAAGUAUUCUCUUCGUUGAGUAUCGGCGAAAAUAAUCAUAUUGAUAGCGAAUCUUUUCCACAUUUGAUUCGGUGGAAGAAGCAUAUGGCUGCUCGUAGAAAUCAAUUGCACCUUCUUAGUAUUAAGGAAACUAGUCCGAUGAAUCUGUGGAUUAUGAGCAGAUUGGCGGCUGCAGUAGAAAUGACAAAUAAAGGAUUCGAGAAUUAUGAUCUUAACGCGAGCACAACCGCUUGCUAUAAUGUAUGGUUGUACGAUCUUUGCGAUGUUUAUUUGGAAUCAUUAAAACCGGUGUUCGCUUUGAAAAACGAAAGACUCAUGUACGAUGCUCAACAAACGCUCGUUCAUGUGAUCGACUGCGGAUUAAAAUUACUGUCUCCGUUUAUGCCUUAUAUCACCGAAGAACUUUAUCAAAGAUUGCCUCUGAAUAAGACUGCUGCCAGUAUUUGCGUAGCUCCGUAUCCAGAAACGCAUGAUUAUGUUCAAUGGCGAAACGAAGAAAUCGAAGCUCAAGUAGAAAUGGUAAUGAAAGUAGUGCAUUCGAUUAGAUCAGCUCAAUCCGAUUACAAUCUUCCCAAGAGUUCGAAACCGAAUGCGUACAUUUGCAGCACCGACGAAAACAUGUCAUCGUAUUUAGUAAAUUAUAAAACUACUAUUCAAACGCUGGCCUAUUGCGGAGACGUCUCUAUCGACCAGACACCCCCAGCGGGUUGUACAAUUCUUACAGUAUCCGAUAAAUGCCAAGUGCAUUUGUAUUUAAAAGGUUUGAUCGACGUACCGAAAGAAUUGGAAAAAAUGAAGAAAACCGAAGAAACAGUUUUACAAAAUAUCGCCAAACUGCAGAAAGCCAUCGAUGCGCCGAAUUACGAAACCAAGGUUCCUAAAGAAGUUCGAGCAUCGAAUGCUGAAAAACUUAGCGCGCUGCAGGGAGAACUUCGUAAAUUAGAAGAAGCUCAAAAGUCAUUGCUAAAUGUAUUAAACUCGACGUAGAUGAAUGUGAUGUUUGUAUUGUUUGUACAUUGUUCCGGCAACCAUUUUGUUGCUCGGUAUUUAUUUAUUUUUAUAAAACGCAAUUCGACGUGA